GGAAUUCUGACGGCGGGUGUUGGGGCUCCGGGGGCCGCAGAUGAGGCCUGCAGGGGCUCGGGGUUCGGCUUACCUGCAGCCAGAAUUUCUGAUAGGUUCUACCUUUGGACAAGAUGUGGUACUGUUGAAACUUCAGUCUGCUUGGAUUCACAGACAGUUGAACUUUUCAGCUAGGAAGAUAUUUUUGUUUUAUUUUAUUUUUUUCACAUCUUAACGAACUUAUGAAAUCAUGGCAGAAGGAGAGAUGGAGUCACCUGGGCCCAAGAAGUGUGGCCCAUAUAUCUCAUCUGUCACCAGCCAGAGUGUGAACUUGAUGAUUCGAGGAGUGGUGCUGUUUUUGAUUGGAGUAUUUCUUGCAUUAGUGUUGAAUUUGCUUCAGAUUCAGAGAAAUGUGACACUUUUUCCACCAGAUGUCAUUACAAGCAUCUUUUCUUCCGCAUGGUGGGUACCACCAUGCUGCGGCACAGCCUCAGCUGUGAUUGGGUUAUUGUACCCCUGCAUUGACAAGCAUCUAGGAGAACCACAUAAAUUUAAGAGAGAGUGGUCCAGUGUAAUGCGCUGCGUAGCUGUCUUUGUUGGCAUAAAUCACGCCAGCGCUAAAGUGGAUUUUGAUAACAACAUACAGCUGUCUCUUACCCUGGCCGCACUAUCCAUUGGACUGUGGUGGACUUUUGAUAGAUCUAGAAGUGGUUUUGGCCUUGGAGUUGGAAUUGCUUUCUUAGCUACCUUAGUCACUCAACUGCUAGUCUACAAUGGUGUCUAUCAGUAUACAUCUCCAGAUUUCCUCUAUGUUCGUUCUUGGUUGCCAUGUAUAUUUUUUGCUGGAGGCAUAACAAUGGGAAACAUUGGCCGACAGCUAGCAAUGUAUGAAUGUAAAGUUAUUGCAGAAAAAUCUCAUCAAGAAUGAAGAAGACAAGACUAUAUCUUUUAUAUAAAAGGGCAGAAAAAAAUGGCAAGUAUAUGUAUAAUGGAUGUACCAACAAACUUUGGACUGUAAACUUGCGAAGAUGCAGUUUUCUGUGUGAUGGCGAGUGUAGAUGCACACUCUUUGUUACUGCAAUCUGUGAUUGCUCCACAUGUAAACCAGUUAUAAACCUUUAGGUAUUUGACUUCAAUAAAUGUAAGACAUAUAUAUGCACUACAUGAAAAAUAUGUUGAUUAAUACAUGAAAUUUUUACAUUAAUUUUUUAAAUGUACCAUGCAUUGUAUCACAAUGUUGAUGUGCCAAAAUACUCUACUACUGUCAUGAAUAUAAGAGUGCUUUGAACAAUUUAUAAGGUUAGUGAAAUAAAAUGAAAGGAAAGCCAAAAACCAAACAAACAGCAAAUGGGUGGCUGGUCCUUUCUCUUGCUCACUGUUGUGUCUUUUCUUUGUCUAAUCACAGCAGUGAGUCAUGAGGGCCCCAGCAUGUGGUAUGUGUCUAUUCUGUUAUUUCAGAAAGAUUGAGUAUUUUAAUAUAUGCUGAAAUGAACUUCCAUGGAAUGAUUUUAAACCUUCCUUACUGGAAGAAGCCCAAAGAAUAAUUUUCUGUUUUGACAGAUGUUACUGGAGGUACAUGUGAUAAGGAGGGGAGAUUAUCACUGUUUAAUUGUUUUGAGUCCAAAUUUGGAGAAGUACAGAUAAUUAAAAAUUAGAGAACUUGUUUAGAUUAAAUAUGUUUGGAGAAUACAGUGUGACCUUCUGUAGUGCCACAGAGUCCAAAGUGAUAGUAGCUGUCAUUUGCUAUACAGACUCUCAUUCUUUUUUGCACAUGGGACACGAAGAAACAUCAGAUCAGGCAUCAUGAAGUUUCUGAUUCUGUUGGGUUUCAUGGAGCUACCCAUAUAGCUGGGUUUGGCCAUGUGACUGACUGUCCGUGAAAUGUCCGAAUUUGCAGUCUUGUCAAGUACAGCCUGGGAUAUGGAUGGGUCUGUAACCUCCUCUGGACUUGUGUGUGAGGGUGAAUAGUCCAGUCUUGAAGAAGGCAUUGAAAAUACAUUCUGUGCAUACUAAAGAACUUGGAAUCAGUUGUAGUCAUAUCUUUUAUUAACUUCAGCUAUUUAAGUCUGGUUAAGUAUGUUAGUAGGAUCCUCCCACCCCCAACCAAUUUUCUUUUCUGACAUUGAAAAUUACCUGAAAUUUGGGCAAGAUCUUCUGAAGUUUUUGCUGAUUGUACGUGUGUGCGAAAUGUUCAUAUGUCUGUGUGUGCAUGUGCUCAUGUUUUUCUAGAAUGUUAAGCAGAUGUUUCUAAAGUUUGGUUUUGAAAGAUGUUGCUAUCAGACUGGAUCUUGUAUGUCAGACUUCCAUGUGCUUUUAUGUUUUCCUGCUGAAAGUGUGAACACGCUAAGAGGAUUUCAUGUUGAGUAUGUGUAUGCGAGCCUAACUAGAAUGGUGGCAAGCAUCCUGCUGUAAUUUAUUACCCCAUCGUCCAGAUGUUGCUCAUUUAGAACAAAUAAGGUAUAUUUUUAGAAUCAAAUUUGUAAGCACUAUAAAAUCUUUAAUAAGUUAUAAGGUCUAUGAUGUGUUUACUUUGAAAAUUGCUGUUAAAAGCAAGAUGUAUUAAAUAUGUCAUUAUCA